UGCAUUGAUAGGUGGCACUGAUUGGCAGCACUAAUAGGUGGCACUGAAAGGCAGCUCAGAUGGGCACUGAUAUGCGGCAUUGAUGUGCACUGGUAGGCACUGAUAUGUGGCAUUGAUGAGGCACUGAUGGGCACUGGCAGGUGGCAUUGAUGGGCAAUGACAGCUGGCAUUGAUGGGCACUGACAGGUGGCACUGCUGGGGCUACACUGAUCAUCAGGGCACACUGAUCAUCAGUGCCCUGAUGAUCACUGUCAGCGUAACAGCUCGUGAGGAGAGAAAUGCCAAUAACCGGCAUUUCCCUAUUUACAUGUGAUCAGCUGUGAUUGGA